GGAAACCCGAGUGAGAAACUGAGAAAGACUGUAUGUGACGAGAAAGACCUUUGCUCCAUUCUCCCUUCUUCCGCCACCGCCACCGUUAACUCUCCUCCUCGUUCCGUCGUUUGCCUGCGCCGUCGGUCCACCAGAAAAAUGUUAUACAUAAUCGGCUUAGGGUUAGGCGACGAGAAAGAUAUAACCGUCAAAGGCUUAGAAGCUAUUGAAAAAUGCGAAAAGGUUUACAUGGAAGCUUACACUUCACUUCUCUCCUUCGGUCUCUCCUCACAUGGCCUCUCCAACCUCGAAAAAUUCUACGGUAAACCCAUCAUUCUUGCUGAUAGAGAAAUGGUUGAAGAAAAAGCCGAUCAAUUUCUCUCUCAAGCUCAACACUCUCAUGUUGCUUUUCUUGUUGUUGGUGAUCCUUUUGGGGCUACAACCCAUACUGAUCUUGUUGUUAGAGCUAAGAAGAUGGGAGUUGAGGUCAAAAUUGUCCACAAUGCAUCUGUUAUGAAUGCUGUUGGGAUUUGUGGUUUGCAGCUAUAUCGUUAUGGAGAGACUGUUUCAAUACCCUUCUUCACGGAUACAUGGAGACCUGAUAGCUUUUAUGAAAAGAUUCGAGAAAAUCGAAAUUUGGGACUUCACACACUUUGCUUGUUAGAUAUUCGGGUGAAGGAGCCCACAUUGGAAUCUUUGUGCAGAGGACGAAAAGACUAUGAACCACCCAGAUAUAUGACAAUCAACACAGCCAUUGAGCAGCUAUUGGAGAUUGCACAAGCACGGGAAGAAUCCGCCUACACUGAAGAUACUGAGUGUGUUGGGCUUGCUCGGAUUGGAAGUGAAGAUCAAAUGGUAGUAGCUGGAACAAUGAAGCAAUUACUGUUGAUUGAUUUUGGAGCGCCUUUGCAUUGCCUAGUCAUAACAGGCAAGACUCAUCCUCUGGAGGAAGAAAUGCUGGAUUUCUACAGAUGCAGGACAUAGUUACAACAUCAUUCUUUUAAAAAUGAAGCUGUAGCUGUGUUUUUGGUAUUAAUGCAAAAUGUUAAGAAUUUUCAAAGAAGCUGUAGCUGUGUUUUUGUCUUAAUGCAGAGAAAAUUUUACAGCACAAAAUGUUAAGAAUUUUAUAAAAUGGCAUAUGUUAACUUGUGAAAGAAUUUUCCAUCCAAUGAUGGUCAUUCUUUUAAAAAAAUGUUGUCUAUUGGUUUUACAAGAGUUA